AUGUGUACCGUACAAUCAGGUGCUGAAGCUGCAGAACUGAAAUUCUAUCGAGUUCUGGCCAAAUUCAGUCAAGGAACAUGGAGCAACGUCGAUAUGGCCGAACAAUGUUCGUUCCAGUUGUUUAAAGCACUUGAACAAUUGCUUCAAUUUAACGUUAUACCAUCUGAUGAACUUGUUAGUCAUUUGGCAAUUACAAUUAAUGCAAUUCUUUGUCCUGAUUAUACAUUUCUUCAUCCUCUAGAACAACGCAGUAUACCUUCGAAAAAUAAUUAUGAUCAAACAAAAACGGAAAAAACUUUUACAAUUCUUUAUGAUAUUUUAAGUCGAGUUGGCUUUGAACGUGUACAUCGACAAAUUAAUGGAGCUCAUUUUUGUACUAAUCCUAACUACUUAUUUAUAUGUCCUCGAUGGCCUCCUUUGAAAAAGUAUGAAUUUAUACAUCAUACGUUUGUGUUUCCUACCAAUCGGAUGCCGAAGUACAUUCCAUUGAAAAAUCUUCAACAUGUCGUUCACAAUAUUGAUGAUCUUAUUUUAAUUAUGAAUUUAACAAGAAAUGAAACAGUUUCGCAAAUGAAUCUACUUACAACUAUGCAACAAAAUAUGGUAGCUGAAUUUAAAGGAGAUCCAAAUCAUGCAUAUCAUGGACCGAAUAUGAUUUGGUUUGCACCUCUGCCACCUGAACAAAGUUCACAUGAUUCUCAACCUUUAUCUCCAUCACUUGAUUGCAAAAACUCAUGCUAUGGAUGCUAUCGUUUCUGUAUUCCAUUUAAUUAUUUUCUUAAGUAUAAAACAUAUAUUCUUGGAACACGUAAAUAUGAUGAUGAAUAUUGCCAUACUAUUAUGUUGACCGAUACUAACGUUCAAAAUGUAAAAUUUAUCAAAGAACUCGAACCAAUAAGUUUGACCAAGAUGAACAUCAUAGAAGAAACAACUAAUGGAUCAUUCCAAUGGCUCUGCUAUCGUGAUACAGAAAAAGAAUGGGAUCAAUUAGAUUUUGCUGUUGCAACAAACAGUUUGAAAUGUGAUCCUGUAAAAGAUCAGAUUCGUCUCGACUUUGUCGAUCACGAGAAUUGCAUACGUGAAAAAUUUGCUUUAUCAACUGUUAGAACCGUACGAGAAUGCGAGCACCGUUUUACAUUCUAUUGGCGGCUCUGUUGUUUACUAUUGCGUUUUUUGUAA